GGGGAAGGAGCCGCGUAGCUAGAAGCACGAGAGAAGCAGCGGGUGUGGGAGUGUCUGGCGGACAUCGGCAAAGCACGGACGCAUCUCGGACGCAUCUCGGACGUGAAUUUUCCAUUCGGUGAGUUGCGCACACUGACGGAUGUGUGCUUGUGCAGCAUCUGGCCAUCAUCAGUUGUCGUCUGCUUGUGUGCCUUGCAGCUCUGGAUGGCCAUGGCUGGAGGCCUGGACAGGACACUAGCGUCCUCUUGAUCAGUUGCAGGUAGUGACACACCGGCCAAGUGACCAUUCGAGAUGGCUGUGUGCACGGCAGGUGGCUGUCGGCUCUGUGAGUAAUUCUGGUCCACCGCUAAGGUUGGUCGUCGGGUCGGCUGUUGUCGUCAUCCAUCCAGUCAUUCAUCUGGUUGACCAUCAAGCGAGAUGCGUCGGAGUUCGCGUCAGACUCGUGCUCGUUUUGCGUUGGAGGACAUGGAUUUGGACGAUGAGGUGUUUGAUGAGAGCGAGCUGCCCCAGCCGGCGGCACCCUCCAAGCGGCGCAAGGGCGGUGGAAAUGACGACGACAGCGCUGACAUCCCCAUGUAUGACGAGGAGGAUGACCCUGACGUCGACCCGACCCCUGCUGCCUGUGGCAAUACGGCCAACACCAAACCCAAGAGAGACAGGGAUAACAGCGGAACACGCAAAGACCAACGCAAACACAAACGCAAAAAGGGUAAGUCAGUAGGGAAACAACCAACCAACCAACCAAGGACCGAAGGAAGGAAGGACGGUGUAUAGACAGACAGACAGACAGACAGUCCUGCACAGCACUCACCGCUGGGCAGGUUCAUUGCAUUGCAAUGAGGAGGAAAGGAAGCCCGCUGCUCCAAUAUGUAUGGGUUGGCUCAUAUAUACAUGUGUGGUUUGCGAUUGGUGCCUGGCCUGGCCUGCAUGGCAUGGCAUGCAGAGGACAAGCGCCCAGCGAGCAAGAAGGCUGCCGACGAACGGCUCCAAUCCAUUGACACGUAAGGGCUGGGCCGCAGGCCCAAGAAAGAGAGGGAAGGACACGGGGAGGGAGGUUGUCCGGCUGGCCAGCGGCCGACAGACAGGACCAACUAGCGGGCUGGUCGUGUCGAUUACUGGACGGUGUCUUUGUCUCUCCCUGUCUGCGCGUGUGUGUGUGUGUUCAGUGACCAGGACCAUGAAUGUUACGUCUGCGGCAAGGAGGAUGGAGAGCUCAUUCCAUGCAGUACAUGCAUCCGGGUGCGUGCGUGCGGUCGAUCGGCAGGGUGGUUGGUUGGGGUCGCCAGCCACCCACACACCCAGCCAGCCAGCCGGGCCCGAAACCGUGCAUGCCAUGCAUCCAUUUCCUUCCUUCCUCGUGUCUGCCUGUCUGUCUGUCUGUCUGUCUCGGCAGGCUUUCCGUGUUGAGUGUUUGGAUCCAUCGAUGAGGCCAGCCGGCCCCGCCAAGGACUGGAUAUGCCCCGUCUGGUAUGCAUACACGACACGGUGGACCCGUCCCAUCACAUCCCAUCCACCCCACGCCGUCCCUCCCUGCAUGCAUAAAUGUAUAAUUACUCACGGGCGCGGCGCAUACAUAGAAAGUACUUAAAAUGACUGACAUAGGGACAUCUGUGUGUGUGGGUGGGGGGAUGUUGGCUGGUGUGUGGGUGUGUGGGUGUGUGUGGUAUCCAUGGCAUGCAGCACUGGCAGCCCGGUGUACCGUUGCCUUCGGUAUGUGGGUGGCAAGGCGGUGUCGGCGUCGAUGAAGGCCCAGUACACCAUUAACGAGCCCGGCAACACCAGCGACGUGCACAUGACGGAUGAAGCACCUAAAGACAAAGGUGUGCGUCCAUCCGUUCAUCCACACGGUGCCGUUGGUGGGGUGGGCAGGUGUUGGAUUAAUUGUUGUGUCCCCCCUGCUGUCGUGUCUGUGUGUGUGUGUGUGCGGUGUAUGUAUGUAGUUGAGAGUGGUGCGUCCAACGUGAGCUGGCAUGGGUGCUACCGGUGCGGGGAGCAGCUCUACGGACACAACCAAGACACAGUCGUACUCUGCGACUUCUGCAACAGGUAGGGUCAGACACGGACGCACGUACGUACGCAGGAUUGAACGUUUCCAUCCACAGUCUGCCUGACCCUUGAGGGCCUGCCUCAUGUGUUUUCUGUCUGUCUCUGUUGUGUUGUUUGUCUCUGUCUGCCUUAUGCAUGUAUGUAUGUAUGGUACUGAUCAAUGCAUUCUCUUCCAAGGGAGUGGCACUACAAGUGUCUGCGCAUCAAGCAGGAGCCCAUGUACAACGAUACAUGGUUCUGCCCCAUUUGCCUCGAGCAACCCGUAAGCUAAGGCCACACACACGACCUAUCUGACCCACUGACGGACGGACGGACGGACGCAUGCGUGUGUGUGUGUGUGUGUGUGGAUGUCCUGUCUGUCGUCGUGUGUGUUGGUUGAUUGCUUGUUUGUUUGUUGGUCGAUGUGUGUGUAUGUGCAGAUAUGUUGUGUGUGUCACUCGGAGGUGUCGUCCAAGGCGGUAGUGCAGUCCCAUGUGUCCCCUAAGAAGCUGCUGCAGUGCUGCUGCUGUCUGCUCAAGUACCAUCCCCCCUGUGUGGCCGACUCCAACACGGUCCCCGCCCACCUGCUCUACCACACAGCCAACAUCGAGAUACGGGGCGCCAGGAAACCCUUCGGGGGUCUCGGCCGCAAUGGUGGCCACGCUGUCGAGGACGACACCCACCCGCCCACUGACGCACACGGACGGGUCGCUACACAACUACUGCUCGACCAGACGGUAGGUAGCCACCGUGGGGUGGGGUCUGGCGGGCUGGCUGGGGGGAGCGAUGCGAUUGAACACGACAGACACCAACGACCCCAUACAUCCGACGGACACCACCCCACUUACUCACUCACUCACUUGCCUUGCCUUUGUGUGUUGUGUGUGCGGUCCUUAUUGCCGUGUGUUGGUUGGGUCUUGUCUUCCACCAGGAGGGUUGGUUAUGCGAGGCGUGUCAGGGUCACUUUAGCGUGCAGCGGGUGCUGGCGCAGCGGGAGGUGCGGAUCAAGGACCAGGGGCGGGAUGAGCUGCAGCUCUUGUGCAAGUUCAAGGAGUUGUCGUACCGACACGUCGUCUGGCUGCCGGCUGUGCGGGUGCAGUCGGUGUCGCCGACAGCCUGGAAGAAGUGGCACGCCCACCACGCCAUCCACCACAACGUGGCCGAGGUCGACAUUCCCCUCGACGAACAGGAUGAGGUCGUCAUCGACGAACAGGAGGAAGAAGGUACGGACGGACGUGGGAGCGUUAGUUACGUACGCAUUCACACACACAUACACACAUACAUACAUACAUUUAUACACACACUCUCAUGUGAGGGGUCCGUAAUUGACGGACGAUUGAUAGGAGGGAAUGACGCGACGCAACAACGUGGCGCGCUUGACGCGACGCAAUUGGCGUGUCCACGUUGUUGCGUCGCGUCAUUCCCCCGUCGACGCGAUGCAUUCAUUGACGGUGGAUGUCUGUCUGUCUGUCUGUAUGGCUGUGUGUGUCCAUAUAUGUAUGUAUAUGUGCAGAUGAGGAGGGUGAGUUGGAGGUGGGCACCAACGGGGGCGGCCAGGGCCAGAAGAACGGCCCAGCGGCGGCCGCAGCUGCUGAGACCACCUCAACCGGGUCGCCCACCAAUCCAGACGACAAGAAAUUCCCAAGACCACCAGGUAGCCAACCAUACACACACACACACACAGUCAGCCUACGUGCCUCAUCCCUCAUCCAUACACAAUUAAUUGCUUGUGUGUUGCGUCUCUGUCUGUCUGUCUGUCUAUGUCUGCCUGUAUGUGGGUGUGGUGUUCGUUGCUGUAGGUGUGAAGGCCGACUGGCUGCGUGUGGCCCGUGUGUUGGAUCGUCGGCGGUGUGUGCGAGGGACGGGUCGGCUGGAGCUCCUCAUCAAGUGGUGUUCACUGGCAUACGAUGAGGCCACUUGGGAGCAUGCCGUCGUCGCACAUGGGUCUGCUGCUCUCGCACUAUACAACGAACAGGAGGAACUCGAGGUCAGACAGUCAGUCCAAUGAAGGCCUUAAUGAAUGCUGAUCGAAUCGAUGGAUGGACCCACACUCUCUUCAUUUCGUGUGUGUUGUGUGUGCUGGUUGGUGUCGUGUGUGCCGUCCGUGUCUGCAGCGGAUCUUGUCGGAGCGCAGCAAGGCCCGUGCGAUGCGUCGGUGCCGUCCCGACCUUGAGGUGUUCCACCUGUCGGCCAGCCAGACGGGCGGCGGCUCUCGUGCGCCACCCGAGGGGGUGCGGAUCAAGAAGGGCACCCACGCCAUCAUCCAGACGAGUGCGCCCACGGAGGACAAGACACCCAUGACGGGCGACCGGUCUGGUCGCGGUGGGGGGCCCAAUGGUGGCCACAAUGGCUUGAAGGAUGCCUUCAUUCAGGCCGGAGAGACUUCCGAUGUACCGCACACCGAUGAAGGUCAGUCACACACAGACAGACAGACAGACACUUAGUUAGAAGGGUCGGGGUCUCCGCGAUCGGUUGCAUAAUCGAUGUCUGUCAUGUACGGCCCAUGGAUGCGUUUACUUACAUAUGUCUGUGUGGAUGUAUGUGUGCAGGCCACGGUGAGCUGGACGACGCCCGGCGCCGGGAGAAACUUGUCCGUAGCUUCGUCAAGGGCGCCUUUACCAAGUAAGUUCUGUCUCCCGUUGAUUGAUUGCACCAAACGACUUUGCCUGCCUAUUAUGUGUCUGGCUCUCUGUGCGUCCAUUUCCAUCCAAUCGUGCGUGCAUUUGGCGUAUCGUGUGUAUGUGUGCAGGUAUUACGACAAGCCUCGCAUCCUCGCGGGUUCCUUCCUCUACGACUACCAGUUGGACGGACUCAACUGGCUCAGGUUCGUACGGACGCACGGCUGCACCCACGGACGGACUCGCGAGCGGCCACGCCAUGCCAUGCCUCGUUCGCUAUGCACAUUCGGACGGGCCUUUGGUCUGUGUGUGGGUAUUUGUGUGAUCAAUCAGGUACUCGUAUCACUCGAGGACGUCUGUCAUUCUGGCAGACGAGAUGGGCCUGGGCAAAACUGUUCAAGUAAGUUUACCGGGCGGACGGACGACACACCCACCCACUGUCUCUCACAUCUCGCGUCGCCUUUCCCUCCCUCCCUCCCUCCUUCCCUGUCUGUCUGUCUGCCCGUGUGUGUGUGUUAGGUGAUAUCAUUCCUGACGACGAUAUGGAGCGACUACGGUGUGCAGGGUCCGUUCCUGGUGGUGGCGCCCCUGUCGACCAUCGAGGAGGUGUGGAUUCGGGAGUUCAACAGAUGGGCACCCUUCCUCAAUGUCAUACCCUACGGUAAGCAAUGCAUUGCAUCCCAAAAGGAAGGAGGCAACGAGGGAGGGAGGGACCGCAGCACGGCAGCCAGGCCAGGCACGACUCACUCGAGUGAUCUGCCUGCCUUGUCUGUCUGUCUGUGUCGCUCCUUGGUCGUUGCUUGACCCUGACCCUGCAGUCGGGAGCAAGGCGGCUCGUGAGAUCUGUCGCAACUACGAGCUGUACUGCCGCAACAGUACGCCGAGCGGCAGCGGCGUGACCGAGUGGCUGCAGACGCUGUUCCGCGAGGACAUCAAGAAAGACUUUGACAGCGAUGCGGUGCGCCACCGUGUACCCAAGGAGAGCGGCAGACGCGACACACUCAUCAAAUUCGAUGUCCUCCUCACCUCAUAUGAGCUGCUCCGCAAGGACGAAGCCGUGCUCAGGGCAAUACCAUGGAAGGUCAGUCAGUGCCUGAGGCAGUCAAUAUUUAUUGACACACACCUGCACCAAGGGAAGCCAGGCUGCACACGGACGGCAGACAAGCCCCAAUCUGAUAUAUGACGCAUUCGUUUCUGUCUGUCUGUCUUGUCAUGAUGUCUUUCUUCUGGCUCGUCCAUCCAGAUCAUUGCUGUUGACGAAGGUGCGCCGGCAGAGAAGAGCACACGCACUGCACACGUGUGUGUGCAUCAUGCAUGCCAUGCACGUGUGAACUCCAUUCACCCUUCAUUCCAUCAGGUCACCGUCUGAAGGGUUGGCGCAGCGAGCUGAAGAGAUCGCUGGACGAGUUUUCGUCGGAGAUGCGUGUGCUGAUGACGGGUACGCCCCUGCAGAACACCAUAGGUGAGCUCUUCAGCCUUUUGCACUUCCUCGACCCCGCCAAGUUCCCCGAGAGCGCCCAGAACAGCUACAGCCAGGUCGGCUCCAGCGACUACGGCGAUGCCAUCGAGCGACUCAAGAGCGAGCUGCAGCCACACAUACUCCGACGCACCAAAAGGGACGUCAUGAAGGGCGCCAUUCCCAAGAAGAAGGAACAAAUCAUACGCGUCGAAAGCACCGCAUACCAGAAACAAAUAUACAAGGUAGGUAGGGACAAACACACCCAACCGACGGAUGGACGGACGGACGCACCCCAACUCCCCCUGCAGAGAGACAGACAGACAGACCACCCACGAUAGACGAGACUUGGCAUCUAUCUAUCUGAUUUGGCUUGUGUGUGUAUGUGUGUGGCUGCAUUGCAAUGCAUGCAGCACAUACUGCAGAAGUCCUACGGUACGGACAGGACAUACACGGAGGGAGAGGUUGGAGGGGGGGAGCAGGCCACAGAAUGCCUAUGGUACCUGCGUGUGUGUGUGUGCAGAUGCAUUGCUGAAGGACAAGUUUGUGUCGUCGCUGCGCAAUGUGGUCAUGCAGCUGCGCAAGUGCUGCAACCACACCGGCCUCCUCAUGGAACACGAACCCAUGCGGUAGGUACAGUACCUACCGACACGAUACGAUACACGCUUGGCUGGCUUCACACUCACACGUGCAUUGCAUUCGUCUCAUGUCAUGACGCCCGUGUUGGUUGCUGCUCAUCUCAUCAUGUGUCUGGAUGGAUGGAUGGAUGGCAUGUGUGUGUGUGUGUGUAGGAGUCAGGAGCAGUUGAAGGAUUUCCUGGACAAGUCAGGCAAGAUGCAGCUGCUCGACCGCAUGCUCUUCAUGCUCAGAAGCAGAGGACACCGAGUGCUCAUCUUCAGCCAAAUGGUGACCAAACUACCUACACACCGUGUGCACACACACACACACACACAACCGAUACAGACAGACACUGCGGCCGAUGCAUGCGAUGGGUGAAGCUGCGUGUCUGUGUAUGCUAUGCGUGUGUGAUAUAUAUGCAUGGCUGCCUAUAUAUAUCAGACUCGUAUGUUGGAUUUGCUUGAGGAGUACUGCUACAUCCGCAAGUGGGGCUGGGAGCGGCUCGACGGCAGCACACCCGUACAAGAAAGACAAAGAGCCAUCGACAGGUGGGCAAGGCAAGGCAAGCAACGGGGGGAAGGGGGGGUGCUUACUUAGCUAAGGGUGGCUCUUGUCUUGUCUGUCGUUUGACAUCAGGUACAACAGCGACCAGUCGGGUAAGUUCAUCUUUCUGCUGUCGACUCGUGCCGGCGGGCUGGGCAUCAACCUGACCUCGGCCGACACGGUCAUCAUAUUCGACAGCGACUGGAACCCACACAACGACAUGCAGGCACAGGUUCGUACGUACACACACACAUAGCUAUGUGAUAUAUGUGGCCAGGGCCCCCACCUCCCUCCCUCCCUGUUUGGUUUGUCUGUCUCCCUGUCUGUCAGGCCCGUGCGCAUCGUUUGGGUCAGAAGAAGAAGGUGGCCAUCUUCCGAUUCAUCACACGUGCAUCGGUCGAAGAGCGAAUGGUCGAAAUGGCCAGGAACAAACUCGUACUCGACCAGGUCGGAAACCCAACCGGACACACGUGGCCUGGCCAGGCCCGGCAGCCACCAGGUUCACGCCGAGAUUUGUUUUCUUUCUUUGCUGUGAAUGAAGGUCGUUGCUGGUCGCAUUCAGCCCAAGGAGAUCAGCAGCAUCCUGCAGUAAGCCACCCACCAGCACGGCACGGCACGGCACGGCACGGCACCUGCCUGCAUCGAUUGAUUCUCGGGUCACUCACUCGAUAAGGUCAAUCAACCCACAUGUGUGUGUAUGUGCGCAUGUCAGGUGUGGUGCGAAGGAGUUGUUCGAGGCAGGGAGUGAGGACAAGGAGAUCCGGUACGAUGACGCCCAGCUGGAGAGCAUACUGGACCGCGGCGAGCAGCAGCUGGCCGAGGACGAGGGCACGGCGGCCAAGGGCGGACCCACAUCCCUCGCCGGCGCUGCCGACGACCAGGGGGAGGGUGUGCUCGACGCAUUCAAGGUCGCCAGAUACGGAGAAGUCGAGGUCAGUGAAGUGACCGCCGCACACCACACCCCCACCAUCCAUCGCUCACUCCGGCAGAAAAUGACAGAUAUAAAGAGUGAGUGGAUCAAUUGCUCUCUGUGUGUGCGUGUGGUGUGUGUGUGUGCGUGUGUGUCAUGCAUGGCCUGGAUGUCAUGUCAGGUAGAGGAGGAGGUCGGUGAGGAUGCGCCGCUGCCGAGUCCGUCUGAGGGUGAGGACGACAACAAGACCUUCUGGAGGACGCUGUUGGAGGAGGGCCACAAGAAGCUGCAGGCGGAGGAGGCAGCCAUGGAGAUGACACUACACGAGACCAGGGGCAGGGGCCAGCGGGUGGCCAAGCGGGUCAACUAUGCCGAUGAAGAUGAGGCAGGGGCUCACGGCAAGCAGGGCGGCGACAAAGGGCAGGGCAAGAAGGGCGGCCGCAAGGGGCUGACCAGCAAGCAGGCCAUGCACAUGGGCUUCGAGAUGCAGCCCGAUGACGACCGCUUGGCCCUGGAGCAGGCCCUCAAGCAGUCGCUCAACGCAGACCACAAGAGUCUCGCCUCUGGCCCCCUGCCGGCCUUCGUGGCUCAAUCCAAGCUGACGAGCUCCUUCCUGAAGCACAAGGGCGACGAUGCCGAGUCUGGUCUGAGCAGCGUGCCCCUGCCCCUGGCCCCCGAGCAGGACAUCCGCCCCAACCCCGACGCACCCAACUCACACCCCAAACAGCACCUCACGCCACAAUACCACGCCAUCGCACAUGUGCAGGUCAGUCAGCUGGGGCGGGAGGGAGGGAGGGAGGAGGGAGGGGAACCAGUCAGUUGAUGCAAAUACAUGUAUGUAUCUUAGAGACGGACGCCACUUGUGCGUGCAUUGAUUGCGUUGCAUUGUGUGCAUGUGUUGUGUCGUGUGGUGUCUGCCUGCGUGCAGGCGACACGCGACACGCCCCAGAUAGUGUAUCGCGUGUGUACGACCUACGGCGACAUGGAGGGCGUCAAAGCACCAUGGGAAGUCAAGGUGAGUGAGGCGGGCAAAGAGGGAGGGAGGGAGGCAAAGACGGAGGAGACCUGUACGCAGAUUACAUUACACCCACUGAAUACUGGACGCUUGUUGUGGUUUGUUUCCCCCCCUUGCCUCCUUUCUUCAGUGGGAUUGGGCCUGGCUGACGCGACUGGUGAUACACCAAUGGUACGUCCAUACCCAUGGAGCUCGAUGCAUGCAUGCAGCACGCUUGUGGUGUGGUGUGGUGUGUCCUUGGAUGUCAUGUCUGUCUAUCAGGAAGAAGAGUUCGAACAUGGGUGCCCAGUCCAUCGAACUGGUGGUCGAACACCAACAGGUGAGACAACACAAGAUAAACAAGAAGGACACACACACACACACAGCGCCACAGUCCAGUGCGUGUGUAUGCGAUGUGGGAUGGAUGUGGUUUGUGACGGGACGGCCGCAGUGUUAUUUCUUGCUGAAGAGUUACGGUCACCAGGCAAGUGACACGGGGAGUCGCGCUGCGCAGCCCAGUUUGAGUGUGAUGCUGCUGCCGCUCAAGAAGGAGGACAUGCAGCAGCUCACCAUGAGAUGACAGCCAGGCAGGCGGGAUGGAUGUGGAUGCAAUUAACUAAGGUGAUGCAACGAACAAGUCGGGACACGCUAGUGCGGCGUCUGUCUCUGUCUGUCCAUCUUUAUACAUGGCUGGAUGCUAUGCACGCGCAUAUGCAUAUCUAUGAUCGAGUAGACAGUGUGUACACGUGACAUGACAAUAAUUUGUGAGAUCC